UUGUCCAGGGUUGGGGCCGGAGAGAGGCCUUGUAGGUAUAGCAGCCGAGACUCGAUCGGCUCCAAGGAGGGUCUCCAGCCAGGGUCGGAGUCCGGGGCUCCGCGCCCGCCGACCCGCGCCCUGCCUCCUCCAGCGCCCGGGCCGACGAAAUGACCAUUAAGAAGUAUAUGCCCAGAUGCAAAAGUGAUGAAACAAUCCAUUUGCCAUAACAUAAGAUGCAGCUGUGGCGUUCCAACCAGAUUGGAACAAAAUUGUAUCUGUUUUUCUCAGAAGAGAAUUGCACAAGGAGGCACACUUUCUGUUUGAUCCCCGCACUAGAAAUCAUCUGGGAACUUCAGAAACUCCAAGUCUGUGGUGAUGGUGUUCCCAGUGGGGUAAAGAGGAGAAGGACAAACUCUCGUGAGAGGACGGAUCUGGCCCCUAAGUAGAGGAUAAUGCCAGCAGCGAUCAGAUCUGGAAGGGGUUUCCAUUGGUGGAAGAAGUUGAGAGUACCUUGUUGGGAGCAGUUUAUCAAGUGUGAGAGAAAACAGAAAUGAGAGGAAUCUGGUUUAAAUUGCAGUACAAGGAAUUUAGAUAUAAAGAGUUUCCAGAAAAUAAAGUACCAGAUAUUGAAGUGACUUGUUAAGUCACCAAAGAAAACAUGGUAUUUUGAAGUAUGACUAAACUCCUGAUGCUGCAGCAGAGGCUAAGAAUAUUGAUGGCCAGAUCUAGUGCUCACAUGGUCUUCUGAAGAAGCCAUGGGUAGCUGUUGUAGCUGUCCAGAUAAAGACACUGUCCCAGAUAACCACCGGAACAAGUUCAAGGUCAUUAAUGUGGAUGAUGAUGGGAAUGAGUUAGGUUCUGGCAUAAUGGAACUUACAGACACAGAGCUGAUUUUAUACACCCGCAAACGUGACUCGGUGAAGUGGCACUACCUCUGCCUGCGGCGCUACGGCUAUGACUCCAACCUCUUUUCUUUUGAAAGUGGUCGCAGGUGUCAAACUGGACAAGGAAUCUUUGCCUUUAAGUGUGCCCGUGCAGAAGAAUUAUUUAACAUGCUGCAAGAAAUUAUGCAAAAUAAUAGUAUAAAUGUGGUGGAGGAGCCAGUUGUAGAAAGAAAUAAUCAUCAGACAGAAUUGGAAGUCCCCAGGACACCUCGAACACCUACAACUCCAGGGUUUGCUGCUCAGAACUUACCUAAUGGAUAUCCCCGAUAUCCCUCGUUUGGAGAUGCUUCUUCCCAUCCUUCAAGCAGACACCCUUCCGUGGGGAGUGCUCGCCUGCCUUCAGUAGGAGAAGAAUCUACACAUCCUUUGCUUGUGGCAGAGGAACAAGUACACACCUAUGUCAACACUACAGGUGUGCAAGAAGAUCGGAAAAACCGCGCAAGUGUGCAUGUCCCGUUGGAGGCGAGGGCUUCUAGUGCUGAGAGCAACACACCAAAAGAAGAGCCCAGUAGUAUGGAGGACAGGGACCCUCAGGUCCUUCUUGAACCUGAAGGAGUCAAGUUUGUUUUAGGACCAACCCCUGUUCAAAAGCAAUUAAUGGAAAAAGAGAAACUGGACCAACUCGGUAAAGAUCCAGUUAUUGGAAGUGGUGCAAAUAGCACAGAAUGGGACACUGGCUACGACAGUGAUGAACGAAGAGACGCACCCUCUGUUAACAAACUGGUCUAUGAAAAUAUAAAUGGGCUGUCUGUCCCUAGUGCCUCAGGGGUCAGGAGAGGUCGUCUGACAUCCACCAGUACCUCAGAUACCCAGAACAUCAACAACUCAGCUCAGAGAAGAACUGCAUUAUUAAACUACGAAAAUUUACCAUCUUUGCCUCCUGUUUGGGAAGCCCGCAAGCUAAGUAGGGAUGAAGAUGACAGUUUAGGACCAAAGACCCCGUCUCUAAAUGGCUACCAUAAUAGUCUAGAUCCAAUGCAUAACUAUGUAAAUACAGAGAAUGUAACCGUGCCAGCAAGUGCUCACAAAAUAGAACAUUCACGACGUCGGGACUGUACACCGACAGUCUUUAACUUUGACAUCAGGCGCCCAAGUUUAGAACACAGGCAGCUCAAUUACAUACAGGUUGACUUGGAAGGUGGCAGUGACUCUGACAACCCUCAGACUCCAAAAACACCUACCACUCCCCUUCCACAAACCCCCACCAGGCGCACAGAGCUGUAUGCUGUGAUAGACAUUGAGAGAACUGCUGCUAUGUCAAAUUUGCAGAAAGCAUUGCCACGAGACGAUGGUACAUCCAGGAAAACUAGACACAAUAGUACUGAUCUGCCCAUGUGAGCCUGGAAAGCAUUAUGUUGUUUGCACCUUUGUGAAGUUUUUAAAAUGAAGAUGCAAGUGCUUCAUUUUCAUUUCUAAAUACUAACUUCUUUUAUAGACUGAUAGAAUUUUUUUCUGGAUAUUUCAUGUGCAUCUUUAACUAAAGGGAAUUAAUGGAGAGCAGGUACUCCUCAAAGAACACUAAUUUCAUCAUGUACUGCUCACUGUACGGCAGCGUUCCCAUCUCACAGUGCCUAUUUAAAAUGGGAAUUGAAGAGAACGACAUGCUGGGUGAUUUUGAUCAAUAUUCUGGACUUAUGCGUAUCUUUCAUGUCCAAGUCAUGGUUGGCAUUUAAAACUUCCUAGGAAGCCUCUUGGCAGUGUUCAUUGCUAACUUUAGGCUUUGAAAGUAUCUGUAGACUCACUGUUCACAGUGUGUGGCCUCCAGCAUAUAACUUGAGGAAUCCUUUAUUUCACUAAUUAAAGGCUUUUUAACUUGAGCCAAAACAUAUGUAAAGGAAAACAGAAGUGCCACACCUCGUUUUACACCAGUCAGCUCCCUUGCCCUCCAUGGGUUGAAAGGCAGAGGGAGAUAAGAUUUUCUGUUUACUCAUCUCAUGACGUCAUUUGAAGGGCAUGUCCAAGUAUCUUACGCAGAGUUACAGUAGGCUCAAGAAUCAGUCUCAGGUCACUUUACCCAGAAACAUUUGCAGGUCUGCAUCUCUCCGUGGGUUGUUAAGGCCGUGUUGCUCUCUGGAGGCCUCGUGCCGUUGGUUCCAUUGAUCCCGUUGCUUUCUUUGGUGUCUGGGAUGUCUUGCUUUGUUGCUUCGUGUCCUUUUCAAUUUAAUGUUUGAGUUUGUAUAUAGUCUUGAAAUUGGAUUAUGUAUUUGUUGUUUAUUUUGCAUUUUUGUCAGAUUAUGGUUUUGAAGGUUCAUUUGAAACUUACUGUUGUUCUAUAACAGGGUUGCCCUUGUCCAGUAUUUAUUUAUAUACUGUUUACUUUUCAAGGUGAUAAAAACAUUAUCUCCAUUUUAAAUUUUACGUGUGUCCAUAGGUGAUCUCUUUAGCAGCUGAGAAAAAAAGGAAGAUAUUUGUAACAUGCGAAGCUCCCUCAAGGUACUCUGUUUCUUCUGUGGGCACUCCCCAGCACUUUAGCAGGGAUCCUCUCAGCUGUGCGGCCGCAGUUGUGCUCUGCCUGCCCCAGUGCUCCUCAGCUCUCUGUCCUCUCGUGUGUGGCUGGAUCUUUGAUUAUUCCUUUAUUCCAGUGAAAUGUUAGUACUGUUGCCAGCGUAGCAGGUGCAGUGGGAGUCUUGAAGUAAUGAAAUUGUGUCAUAAUUUAGGAUUUAAAAUGAACUGACAUGUAUAAAAACUGAAGAGGGUCCAUAUGUCAAAUUCUUAGAAAAUCAAAGAUGUCCCGAUUUCCCAAACACUAGAGACGAUUAAGAGAAGAUAGGGUGGAAAGAAGGUUAGGUAACCUUACAAAAUAUUUCACUGUUUUCUCUAAAUAUGAGGAAGUUUGAGGUUUUGGUCUGGAUCUACCAGACGUAACUAAGAUUAAUUUAGUUUUAGCCAUAUAGCAUCCAAUCUAUUCAGUAAAUAACCUAAUCACAGGACAGUAAAUGGAUUAGCAGACUGAUAGAGUGGGGCCAUUAUAAAGAAAAUAAAUUAUUAAAGGUGUCUUUGUUGUUGUUCUCAGUGCCAUUAUCGCUGUCUUUCUUUAUCAUAAGUCAAUGUCAGUGUCUUAUUUUGUGUGCAUAGCAGAAUUUUCCUUUUUCUCCCCUUUUUUCUUUCCUGUGAACUUGGUGCUUACUAAAGUGUUCACUGUUCUCUUAAAAAGAGCAGUGGUGUAGGUGUGCAGUUUGCAUUUUUAAUAAACUGUUCCAUUUAUCCCUUCUUCUGAGUAAAUUGCUGAUUGUGCCAAAUUUAUGUAAUGGCUUUUGUAAUAUGGAAUAAGAAUUGUGAUGGAACCAAUGCACAUGGUUUUCUCUGAAAUCAGUGGUCAAGGCAGAACAUUAAUCUCCAAAUGAAAGGGCUGAACUAUUUAUUCACUUUGGAGGUUGGAGCCUUUGUUCUUUCCCUUCAUCCUUUUUGUUUUUUCCUCCAGAUUCUAAUUAGUUUUUGUAAUUUUUAGAUAAGUCCAUUAUAAUCAUUGCAGUUUGUGCUUUAAAUACUAUGUGCUUUAAAAAUGAAAGUGGGACCAAUUUGUCUGCUAAGAAUUUGAUUUUAGCUACUAUAAGAAUAUUAGGAAGACAUAUACAACUGGUGUUAGUUUCUAGAGGUCUUCUGGAAAUCACUUGUGUUCUAUUUAAUAAAAAGUAAUUUAGAAUACUACUUGUCCUUUGCAGUUGUCUGGUAGCGGGCAUUAAGCUCUGUCCUGGAAGAAUGCGCCUAUCCCGAGGUGCAUUGUAGAAUGAGAUCUUUUAUUGGCAUAUAAUUAGGGCCAUAUGUCUCAGAUUUUCUGAGAGCUAAUUUUAGAUAUUCUGUUGGUAAACCAUGUAAUUCUGCUUUUCAGUUUUGGAAAUAGAAUCAUUGUUCGUAUCUUAUUCCCAAAAUAGAAAUCCUCUUUUAUCCAAACAGAUCAUAAGAACAUUUAUCCCUGACCAGGGUUGGAAACUGAUAUUGGUAUUACCUGUGUUUUUUCUUAACGUAUUUUGUUUCCCAGUUUUAUUUUCCUUUAAAAAUGAAAAUACGGUGCCUUCCCUCCCUCCAGGAAGAUUGGCAAAUAAUCCCUUGUAUUUACUGCUGCUGUGGAGUGAUGAGAUGUGCACUUUACUCUUGGGGACUCAGCAAGAAGCUUUUUACGUCCAGUGUAUCCAGAACAGAUCACAUUUGGGACUUAGAAAAAUUUGCCAAGUAAUCUUUGUUUUUAUAGAUAUUAAUGUUGACCCCCAGUUUAACGUUACAAGAAUAAGUCAAGCUUGUGUUUAUCUCCCCACCCCUAAAAAAAUCUGUGGCACAGCAUAUAAAAAUGUACCUCAAUAACGUUCUAUUAAAAAUGGGACAGGGGCCUUAUGUUUUCAUAAUUUCCCAACCAUGUGCCACCAUAUUUUUGCCUCAAGGUAAGGGAUUUAACAUGCUAAAAAGUACUUCCCAGUUCCCCUGUGUUGUUCCUAACCCAUAAUGCCCGAGUGUUCUGUGCAAUGUGUAAUGUGUGUGUAUAAAUAUCUAUCUAUCUAUCUAUAUAUAUAUAUAUAUAUUCUUGAAAUAGACAUACUGUCAGAGGCAUUAUUCACAAGUAAAUGAUGUUUUGGCAUCUCAUUCAUAUUUCUGAUACGUGAGGUAUAUGGUACUAAUUACCUUUUCCUUGAUGUUUGCCAAAUUUGAAUAAAGGCAUUGGUACGAAAUUAUAGAAUGUAAAGAAAAUGUGUUUGGCUUGAAAAAUAAACAAAUAUUUUAUGACAUGCCACAGUAUAUACUCUGCCCAAACCAGCACCCUGUCUCCUUUCCUGCUCCUCACAUCCCUGCUCCCCAGCCCCACCCCUUCGUCUUGUGGGGGGAUAACAGUUCUGUUGUAGCAUCAUUCUAAUUGCAUUUCUGACAAUUGGACGAUUCUAGCACGGAAACAGAAUGGGAUUAGUAGUACAGUAGUCACCAGUGUGCCACAUUUGCAUCAGUAAAUGCAAAAUAUACAUUUUAUAAAGGACAAACUUUGUGUUAUGUUUUUAUUUUCAUUACAUUGUAUAAUAUUGUAAGAUUAUUGUAUGUCCUAAUUUGCAUUAUGAAUGUUUUUUUUCCUACGUAAAGGCAUAAAUAUAGCAACUUUGUAUAAAGGUAGCUUAAUAGAUUUUUAAUUUUUCCUUUUAUAAAAGAUUGUCUAACAGUGGGACUACCAUUGCCAAAUUGUAAAUGAAAUAUGAACUUUACCCCCUCUGGUUGAUUUCUUUUAUAAACAUUCCACAUUUCUCUAAUAAAAGACGUG